AUGAACGCCGGCGACGAGAUGCGCCUCAAGACGACCACUAUUCGAGCUCAAGACGACGCGAUGAAGACCGCCAGAGCUCUCACCGGGACAGCCCUCGACGGAGAUCAUCCCGCAGCCCAGCUGAAAGGACCAGCGGCCGAAGUGAUCGUGAUCGGCCUCGCCGCGAGCGCAGAGAGCGAUCAACAAGCUCGGCUGCUGAAGAUCGCCGCAGACACAGACACCGCAGCCAUCGACACCGCGAUACCCGCCACGAAGAUGAAGGACGAUCUUCUCGGAGGCAUCCCCUCCACCGCAGGCAUUGGAACGACGCGGCCCCUCCCCUCACAGACCGAUGCAUUCACCGAUGUGGCGCAUCCUUCAGACGCACCGGCCCCAGAAAAGCAAAAGCCGAACUUCAACGCGACCGGUAGACUCGCAGCCGAAAGCAAUACAAUUCAAGUCCAGGGUGGUACGGAAAUAGUCUUGAAAUACCAUGAGCCUCCAGAGGCGCGCAAGCCGCCCUCCAAGGAAGCUUGGCGCAUGUAUGUGUUCAAAGGGCAAGACUUACUGGAAACGGUUGAAUUGAGUGAACGGAGUUGCUGGCUGGUCGGUCGCGAGCGACUGGUGGUAGACUUCCCACUCGACCAUCCCAGCUGCUCGAAGCAGCAUGCAGUGCUACAAUUCCGAUUUGUCGAAAAGCGCAAUGAAUACGGUGAUCGCAUCGGCAAGGUCAAGCCUUAUCUUAUUGAUCUUGAGAGUGCAAAUGGAUCGACCGUCAAUGGAGAGACCAUCACCGGUGGUCGCUACGUGGAAGUCAUGGACAAGGACGUAAUUCGCUUCGGCCUGAGCUCGCGCGAAUACGUCCUCAUGCUGCCUCCCAGCUGA